ACGGCCACACCUUUUGUGCAUGUCAAACAAAUAAAUUUAAAUAAUUGGCAAAUCAAUUGGGCGAAAUGAAAGAGUUCUGCCGCACCUGCGGCAAGACCAUCGUGGCCGACCAGUGCCUCCAGAUCUUCUCGCCGGAGGGUCGAAAGCUGCUGCAGUGCGUCCGCUCCAUAACCAACUGCUGGCUGCGGGAUGUCCAGGAUUUGCCCAACCACAUGUGCCCGGAUUGCCAGGCGCUGCUCAAGCAGGUCCAGAAAUUCCGCCGGCGAUGUGCCAAAAUCGAGAAAUACUUCGCCAGGCGACGGAGCUGGAUGAAUCUCGGCGAGGCCCCUGCGGCCGUGCCUCUGCAGCUUCCCGUCCAGCAAACAGCUGCUCCUGAUCCGCUGGGCAUCGACGAGCUGAUGGCGGCCAGCGAAAUCAAGGUGGAACCCAGCCAGGUGCAAGAGGAGCAGGAAACGGAAUCGUCGUAUUUAGAAAAUAAGCUCGACGAAGGAAUCAGCUAUGAGGAUGCUCCGGGAGAGGACUUCAUGCCCCUGCCGGAGGACUAUGGAGAAGAAAAGACUGAAAUGGUGGCCAGCAGCACCAGCAAGGCGGAACAGAGAAGAAUCAAGACCAAAAUCAAGUCCAGCAAGCACACAAUGCGCAUGGGCAGGAAGCUAAUCCACGUGAAGGUCAUCAACGACAAGCAACCGAAGCGCAUUGUUGACCGAAAUGGACCGAAUGCCAAGCCCUGCAUCUGCGAGCACUGCGGCCGGCAAUUCAAAGACACCAGCAAUCUCAAUGUCCACCUCCUGCGGCACACGGGCACCAAACCCUUCGAGUGCGAGCAAUGCCACCAGAAAUGCUAUACGCUCCAUCUGUUGCGACGCCACCAGCUAAAGCACACGGAAGGUCCCUACGCCUGCACUUUCUGCGGCCUGGAGUACAGCACAAAUAGCUCUCGAGUGAGGCAUGAAAGGGAGGCGUGCAAAAAAGGACGAGCUCCGCAGUCCAAGUGGGAGAUCAUAAAAAAAGGCGAACGCACAUUCCACUGUGAAGUUUGCGAUCUCUGGUUCCUGCGCGCUGGAAACUUCACACAGCACAUCAACUCCUCCAGUCACAUUGAAAACGAGCGCAGAAAAAUACGCAAAUCGAAAUCAGUGCAACCUACCGCCAUAAAUACAUGAAACAACUGCGGUU